UACUAUCGAUAGUGCCAUCGAUGGUUUGACACCUCUACGCCAAACAACAACUGGAUGCAAUUUCACAAAUUGCUGUCGAAAGUUCUGUAAAAGCAUCAUCGGCAGCCGGUGCUACCCCAACAUUACAGAUGUCCUACUUUGGCGUCUACAUUCCGCCGUCCAAGGCUGGCUUCGAGGGCACCGCGGCACAGUGUGCGGGCUCCAUAGCGGCGGUGAAUAUCAAGCCAGUUUCAGAGUCGUCGUCGUCGGCCACCAACAACAACAAUACGACAGUCACAGCAGCCGCAGUAGCAUUAGCAGCAUCCUCAGGCGCAACAGAUAAUCCCCAUGCGGACAACUAUGAGGAUCCCGAAUAUCCACCCGACUCGCCACUGUGGCUGAUCUUUACCGAAAAAUCCAAGGCACUGGAUGUGCUGCGACACUACAAGGAGGCACGACUGCGUGAGUUUCCCAAUCGCGAGCAGGCAGAGAGUUACGUGCAGUUUGGCUUCGAGAGCAUCGAAUCAUUGAAACGAUUUGGCAAGGCCAAGCCAGUGAGCAAGCCGCUGGCAAUGAGCAACAACUUUAAGCCGUCGUCGUCAUCGGGUUCGACGGACGGUCCAUACUCAACAUCGCCCACCGCCAGCAGUAGCAGCAACAGCAGUAGCAGCAACAACAUCAGUAGCCUGGCUGCCUCCAUGUCGAAUAUGCUGAUUGUGAAUCCAAGCAUAUCGGCGCUGCCCAGCAUCACCAUCAAUAUAAGCAGCAGCAAAAGUGCCACCAGUGUGUCGAUCAAUGGCAGCACUACCACAAACAGCAGCAGCAACAGUAGCAGUAGCAACAGUGGAACCGGGACUGGGACUGGGACUGCAACUGGGACUGUGGCCAAGCAUGAGUCAGGCACUAGCAGCAGCAACAGCGGCAGCGGUGAGCGUCCGCCAUUCCGGGCACCCAGCAAGCAGGAGCUUGUCGAGUUCCGCAAACAGAUUGAAACGGGCAAUAUCGAGCGAGUGCAGCGUAUUGUCUGGGAGAAUCCCCGAUUUCUCAUCAGCAAUGGGGACACACCCACAAGCCUGAAGGAGGGCUGUCGCUACAAUGCCAUGCACAUUUGUGCGCAGGUCAAUCAGGCGCGUGUCGCCGAAAUGAUCCUAAAAAUAAUCUCCGAUCGCGAAUUUACACUUCAGUAUGCCGGCAAGAAGGCCAAUGGGGAGAUGUGCGCCACCCUCAAUGAGAAUCUGCUCGACUACUAUUUGAAUAUGCCGGACAAGGCGCGCGGUGAGACACCGCUACAUUUUGCUGUCAAAAAUGGCCAUGUGGCCGUCGUUGAGGUGCUCAUUUCGUAUCCACAAUGCAAAUCGUUGGCCAACUUUGAGGGCAAAGAGCCCAAAGAUAUCAUUUGUUUGCGUGCACCGCAUGCCUCGCCCGAGGUUGUCAAGAAGUUGGAGCUGCUAUUGGGUGAUCCGCACUAUGUGCCCGUGCUGAGAUCCGUGGCAAAUGAGGUGCCGCCACAGGUGGGACAGCCCUUUACGCCCAACGAACCGCCGAACUUGCAGCAAAAGGCAAACGACUGCGAGGGCCUCACCAUGGACCUGACCAUCAGCGCAUUGGCGGGACCCAUGCCGCGCGAAAAGGCCAUGCAUUUCUAUCGUCGCUGGAAGACGCCGCCACGCAUUGGCGCUAAUAAUAUGUCACCGUUGGCCAUCUCGCCCUUUGCUUCGCCCGUUAAGGUGACGCCCACCAAGUCCAUUUUUAAUCGCAGCUCGAAUGGCAAUGGAGCCAAUGGUGGUGGUUCGCCGUUAUGUCUGGCAUCCACACCGGCGGGGCGACGUACGCUCUUCAGUCCGAAUAGAGCGGCCACCAGUUCGCCGAAGCCUUUGCUGAUCAAUGGCAAGGAAUGCGAGAACAACAACAACAUCAAUAACAACAACUGUUUGAUCAAGCGAAUGGGCGGCGGUGGCGGUGGUGGUGGUGGUGGUGGUGUUGGAGGAUUACUGGAUAUACCAGCCACACCGAUACGUCAGCUGAAGCCGGAUCUAUUUCUGGCCUAUCGCAGUCAGGCCGAAUACUCGCCCUCUGUCGAUGACAGCCUGGCGGGCAUCGAUGCCAGUUUGCGGGACAUGAGCAUGAGCAUGAGCAUUAGCAUGGGUAUGAACGUGUCGACGGUGUCGCAGCUGAACGAUAGCUUCCGUGAGCGUCACAUCAAGAACUCGGACAUUGAGAAGGGCCUGGAGGUGGUGGGCCGACAGCUGGCACGCCAGGAGAAUCUCGAGUGGCGCGAAUACUGGGACUUUCUCGACUCGUUCGUGGACAUCUCCACCGAAAUGGGCCUGGAGCGACUGGAGGGCUAUCUGCAGCAAAAGUCUGAGCAGGCGCUGGCCUGGAAUCAGGCCGAAAAGUCUGAUCAGGCGUGGAAUUUUGUGGCACAAAUCGACGAGUAUUUGGAUAUGGUCUCGGGCGAUCACAAUCAGCAUAAGCAUCGCAAGGGCCGGGCUGUGGCGGCGGCCGCUGCUGGUGGUGGUGGUGGUGGUGGUGGUGCGACCACCACCCAGGUGAUGACGCCCUACACAUGCGUGGAGAAGUCGCUGCAGGUGUUCGCCAAGCGCAUCACCAAAACGCUCAUCAACAACAUUGGCAACAUGGUCUCCAUCAAUGACACCCUGCUCUGCGAGCUCAAAAGACUGAAAUCGCUGAUUGUUAGCUUCAAGGACGAUGCCAGAUUCAUCAGCGUGGACUUCACCAAGGUACACUCGCGCAUUGCCCAUCUGGUGGCCAGCUAUGUGGCCCAUUCGCAGGAGGUCAACGUUGCCAUACGCCUGCAGCUGCUCCAGAUGCUGCGCCGUCUACUACAGCUGCACGACGAGCGUCGCGAGCAUCUGGGCUGUGUCUGUGGCAGCCUGCUGCUGAUGCUCGAACAGGCGCCGGUCCAUGCCGUCCAGCUGCCCGAUGCCCUCAAGACGGAGAGUCUCUGUUCGGCCGCCUGGUAUACGGAGCAGUCGUGCGCCUGCAUUUGGGACGCGAAUCUCAGUCGAAAGACCAGUCGACGAAAGCGCACGGAAUCGAUGAAGCGUGCAGCAGCAGCCCAGGUGCAGGAUACAUCACCAGCACCCGGUUCUCCCACAGCCACAGCGGCAGCAGCUGCCAAUGUUUUGCGUUCCAAAGCCCAGGACUGGUCCUGGCAAAGUCGCACACGCCGCAGCCGUCAAAGUAGCGACAACGACGACGAGGAGGAUAGCAAUGAUGAGAAUUCCUUUUACGAUGCCAGCGAUGUGUGGCUCCAGCAGGACAGCAGCAGCGAGGAUGAGGAGCAAUUUCGCACGCCGCCAGAGCAAAUGUCGCCGCGUGCAUCCAUUUUCCUAGAGCCGCCGCCGCGCUACGAACUCUUCAUCUUUGGUAAGGAGCCAACCAAGCGCGAUUUGGAUGUACUCAAUGCCAUUUUCCAUGUGGAUGUGGAGAAGGAAACGCUGCCGCAUGUGCAUGCCUGGAAGACGGUCAUGGAGAAUUAUCCCACAGCCGAAAUGGAUCUCUUCCCAUCGCCAACGAAUGUUCAGAAGACGCACAAGCCCGCGAUGUGGUCCGGCUCCUCCAAGCCUUUGGAGGGUAGCGGCGGCACCAUUGGCGGCAAACACAGCCAAAGCUCGAUGCAUCCCAAACGCCUGUUUGGCACACCCAAACUCAAUGCGGUGACAGCGCCCGGACGUCGUGGCUCGGGGCCAGCGUCAACAGCAGCAGCAGCAGCAGCACCAUCGACGCCGCCCAAGCCGGCACGCUUGCCGCGUACACCCGGCCAGUUGAAUGGUGGUCUGCCCAUGGCUGUCAGCGAACCAAUUCAGAUAACAGUGAGCCAGCCGGCUGCUGCGUCCCCAGUGCCGGCAUUUGCAGCAGCUGCAGCGGCAACCGUGUCGCAGUCAUUCCACACGCCACUCAACAAGAUGCGCGGCCUGUUCAGCAAGUAUCGUGAAAUUCGGCCAGCCUUUGAACUGGACUCGCCGCUCAUCAAUAUCAAUGGUGGACGACCGCCCACAGGCCGGGCAUCGCUGACCUUGGACGACAGCAGUGACUAAGCCCAACAGGCCACGGUCCAGCGUUUUGUUCAUGUUGUGCAGACGUUCGUUGCAGUCGUCCCCCACAUUACAUACAUACAUACACAUACACAUACACAUACAUUUAUAUAUAAAUAUAUUCAAAUAUCAAGAAGAAGUCGAAAGAAAGAAAAAGUGUUUUUAAGUGCAAACUAUGUUGAAUUAAUUGUCGUAUUAUAUAUACAUAUUUUUUUUAUACCCGUCUAAAUAUCUACAUUAUAUGUCGACUAUUCCUUAAUCACAAUAAGAUGAAACAAAAGCAAAAACAAAACAAAAUGAACACGAAACAGAAGAGAAUAGAAAAGAAAUCAAGUGCAGAAAAGGAAGACGAAGUGAGAAGUGAGUGAAAAGAGAAAUUAAAAAAUGUAUUCUCGUUUUUGUUAACAUUACUGUGAAGAAACAUAAAACUAAUUUAAGCAUAAACAAAACAUAAUCAACAGUAUUCAUUUCA